AUGGGUGAGGCUGGCAUCUUGCGUUCGCCCGAGAGACACAACCAUACAGUCUUCGCAAACAAGCACAGAAAAGCCGAACCUCGUUCUAUCCUCGGUGGUGCUUCGAGUAUAGUUUGUUCAAAUCUGAACACUCACGUUCCAGUCUACCUAUCGUGGUUCCUGCGAACCCUUGGCUGCCAGUGGACAUACCGGUUGAGGCGUCAAUUCAAUGGUCUCUGUGGUGUCUCGACUCACAUGUGUGCAUGGGCUACCAUAUUGAGCUAUGUCGCUGCCAUCUUGUUUGACUUUCGGGAGCCCGAUAUGCGAGAGGACGGGGUUUAUGCCGCAACUACAGAAUUCAAGACAUCCAUGCCCAAGAUUCAAAUUCCAAGACUUGGGCCUCCCUUCACAUGCGAGCUUACAACAUCAGAGACUUGGGCAUAAGACGUACCCAAACGGGUGGCUUAAAACACAGAGGGCCUCAUGUUCUUUAAGGGAACUAAAUUUCUGUAGGAGGGUCAGUCUGGCGUAUAGUUUUGAAUCACUCUGACCGAGACGAUGGAUCUCUUGGCAUCCGUAGUUCGUACCGAUGACAUUUUAUGCAAAGCUUCGUGGCAUUUCUUGACAUUGAGUGCUAGACAUCUGGUAUUGGAAGUGCAUGCAUCUGGC